AUGGCUGUUCACUUGUGGUUACGAUCUGAACCCAAGAUGAGCGAACACCGGACCGCCCUGACUCCAGCUAAGUGUAAAGAGCUUGUUUCAGCUGGUAAGACACGAUACAUACAUUGAAUGAAUCAUUUAUUAUAAAUGCAAUUGCGAUUUGGAAGAGUGAUGUGUAUAUAUUCACUGUUAAAGGUGUAGGAAGGAGAGUUGUUUAAGAGACUUGGCUGUGCAUGAUAAAUUAUGUGAUCAAUCUCCAAUUAAACUGCAGUUCCAGACGAGCGAAAGGCACUAUUGCAAUUCCUCGGAAUAAGAAAAGGAACAUUGCCUUUCUGGCGAAAAUAAAGGAACGUUGUUGUGUAACGAUGCAUAUGCAUUAUUAAAUAUGGCUCCUUGUCACUGUACUCUCGCUGUGUUUAUGUAGUGACGAAAUAUCGACACCCGAACAUGUACGCACACGUAGCACCCAUAAGGGUAUUAAAAGCAGUUUAUUUCUUGUGUGAGGCCAUUUUGGCCUGAUGUGCCAUCUAGCCUCAUCAAAAUCAGUAGGGCAAGAGUACUAAUACAUAACUGACAGAGUUAUUACAACUACAUGUGAAUAACACUGAAUUUUAUUAAUGCUGAUAACUUUUAUUCUUCAUGUGAUUUUUUUAAAACAACUUGCACUCGUUUGGUAUGUAGAUGUACCCAGUAGGAGAGAUUAAACAAUUGCAGUAGACCAUUUCAUGUGAGUUAAUGUGAGGCCAUGGUUGACCUUCUCUUGACCUUUUUAAUUGAUAUAAGAACAACACGAUUUAAAAAUGAUUCACACUUUUAAACGAAAUAUCAUUGACCAUAAGUUGGUUUUUUGUAAAACCUGCUAAUUUUCAUUUUACUUGUCAUAUGACUGUGUAUUAAAAAGAAAACUAUUUCACGUGUAUUUGUUUUUGUUUUGUCAUAUUUUAGGGUUUCAAAUCACAGUUGAAAAUUCAAAGGAUAGAAUUUUCAAAGAUGAAGAGUAUGCAAGGUAAAUAAUUUUAGUGUCACUUGACCCAAACCAAGAAAGAGUGAAUUUAUAUACUGACAGUGGAACCCUAAUAUCUCGCAAUCGAGUUACCGGAGUUCUACUGUAUUUACCAUUCUAAAACCCCAUUUUCUUUCAUCCUGUUACCUUAAUUUACUUCAUUGCCACUAGUGCAUACAUAAGUAGCAAAAAAGGAUUUGACUUAUUACUACUUAUUACAAAAUGCAUUCGUUCUCCUUGUCGGAGACUUCACGUUACGUGACAGUAUAGUGACACAGAUGUUUAAAUUAGGUCUGGAUUUUAUGAGACAAUGAACACUUUAGCUGCAAGAAUUGAUUGACCUUUUUCUGAUUAUUGCCUAGUAACAACCAAUCAUAUCUAAUGUAUACUAUUAUGAAAUCAAGCGUUCUUUUUCAUGUUUUUGAGAGCAGCUCUUGCACAACUGCUGUAACGAGUGAAUACAAGUGAGCCAAGUGAUUAAAUACAAUCGACUCUACUGACUGAUUAGUGUAGUUUUCGUUGAUCUGAAAACCCUAGUGAACGGGGCAAAGUUCUCAACAUCCUUGCAGAUACAUUGCACAUUCACAACAUGAACAACAACAAUGCGUAAUCAAUUUUUUAGCAAUACUUGGCAGUAAGAAUGCGAAAAAUGAUGAAUGCCCAUUCUUCGCCCUAAGACAAUCAGGGAAAAAAUGAAUUUUGAAAAUGAAAAUGCUCAAAAGUACAAUCAUCUGGUCAACUAUUACCAAAGACUGAAAACAAGCACUUCACAAGGGUGCCCACAAGUUUCAUUGAACUUAUCAUUUUGUGACAGGAUCAAUGGAGUGAGUAUGGCUCCUGAAGGAUCUUGGGUUUAUGCUCCCAAAGAUACAUUUAUCCUUGGAAUCAAAGAACUUGCUGAAUCUGAUUCUUCAAUUCCACAAACACACAUUUACUUUGCCCAUGCUUAUAAAGUAAGUAUACAGUGUACCUUGAAUGCUUGAUCAAAGUAGCACUAGCUUUACAUUGGAACCCCUUCCAGUGGUGUUAUGGUCAUUGAUUAUAAUCAGUUAUUGAUUGAAAACCUUGAGUCCCACAACAAAAUUGUUGAAAUUGUUUGGUUGAUUAAAUAUAUAUUAUUUAAAAAUAUAUUAUUGACUAAUAAAAAUAUCAAAACAUAUUUGUUAUGCAAUUAUAAUUGAUGAAAUUUUUCUGAUACAUUUUAGGGGAAUAAUUUGUUUGUUGGAGAAGGUUCAGAAAAAAUAAGGAGGCCCUAAACCUGAUAUCAAGUUUUAUUAAGCAAAAGCUGUAUUUAUCUGAGGAUAAUCUCAAUUUAUUCUGUAGUGGGUUUAGUGGGUUUAUCUUUGCUUUUUUUUUAGAAUCAGGAUGGCUGGGUUGAUUUACUUAAUCGAUUUAUUAAGGGCGGUGGAAAGAUUCUUGAUGUGGAGUACAUGACAGAUGACAGUAGUAAGUGACAAAAUAUAAUAUUACAGGGUCCGAUAUUAACUUUUUAAUACGGCCGCCAACUGGCGAUCAAGUAUAAAUUUUUGGUCGCCAAAGAGCAGAUUGUGGUCGCCAAAAAUUUCCCCUCCCUAUUUUUCAAAUAAAAAUUUAAACACGAAUAAAAAAUGCAUGGUAUGGACGUUUUUAUGCUCAAAAAUUGCACUACUUUUGCUCCCAAUACCAGAAAGCAACCGUACGUGUACGAUUGAAGUCUUAUUUUUUCCACAAAUUACCUUUUGGAGAUAUAAAGCUGUCUGACCUAGAAGGUAGGAACAGAAAGCUGUCUGCCCAUAACUGCACUGAUCAUAUCAAAACUCUAUUUUCUUCCGAUAACUACCACGAAACAUGAAACAUUAUCACUGUGACAGUACCAGGCCACAACUGUGCCACAUUACUUGUACCAGUCCACAAAGUACAUAACGUACUUACCGUAUUUCAGCUGAAAACAACAUAGCGGCUUGGAAACGUUCAACUCGUAUUGAUCGUAGCUGUUGUGGAGGUAUUAUUCCGAUUAUUACAGGACGAUUCGUUUCACUUUUAGUUAAAAAAUAUCUCCAGGACAAAAAGUAUGACGCCUGUUGGCAAAUAGCUUCGAGGUUUCAAUUCUUAAUCAGUUUCUCCGAACCUUAAAGUCCACAAUAACAACUAACUUUACAAGUCGCUAGCUGACGACCGGCUAUUAAAUUCUGGUCGCCAGGACUAAAUUUUUAGUCGCAUUGGCGACCAGGAAGGCGCAAUUUCGGACCCUGUAUUAUCAUUCUCUCUUAACCCAUUAAGUGCCACUAUCCAUGUAUAAAUUUUCCAGACGGAGAGUCAGUUGAGAGAAUUUGAUACAUGAUCAAAGCAUUUUUGACAACCCUGGUAGACAGGCAAAAAUAUGUACGAAGGUAACUGUUAAAAGUAAUUUGUUGUCUGGUACUUCUUUUAGAGAAUAUUCCAUGUUUUUAAGAAUUUUUCCAAGAAACCUUUUCUCCGGGAAAGCCUCUUCUUGUACUAAAAAAGUUUUAAGUAAACGCCUGAUAACAGAAACAAUGUAGAAGAGAAUAAUUAUUGUCAAGGAAGAAACUGGAAGAUAAAUGACCACAAUCAACAUUAAUGAUAUAAAAUUUAACUUUAGAAUUACUGUGUCACAGUUUUGCAGAUACAUUGUAAGUCCAGAGCAGCCUGACUUUAAUAUUUAAUUUAGAAAAUGUAGUGCUGGUUUGAUGGCAGUUAAUAUUUUUGUGUGUCAUGACUGUUUCCCUUCAGAUAGACGACUAGUUGCAACAUUUCCUCAUCUGGCUGGUUUUUCAGGAAUGGCUGUUGGUCUCAAAGCAUGGUGCCUUCAACAAUUAAGGCAUGUAUCAACCUAUUCUUAUUUCCUCUCCCCUCCGUCCCCCAUCCAAUCACACUGAGUUUGGAAGAGCUGUAUAAGAAAACAUAUUCAACCUAAACCCUGUGUUGGAUGUUUUGCAAUGCUUAAAACCCUAAACCCCCUAAACAUUGUUCAGUUCUAUUUACAUGACAAUGUUGAAUGUGAUCUGUAAAGAAGCUCCAGCUUUCUUUGGUGAAUUAGUGAUUGAAAUUUAUGGACUUUUCAUUGUGCUUUUCAGCCCUCACAGUUCAAUGCCAUCUUUAGAGCCUUAUGAUAAUGAAAAAGUAUUGGUAAAUGAUGUGAAGAUGAUGCUUCAAAAUGUUGCCAAGGCAAAAGGUAUCUUAGUAACUCAUUAAUAUGAAUAAUGAUUGAUGUAGCCAUGUUACAGGUCAAAAUUAAAUCCGGGUUAAUAAGAUUUUUAAACCAAGGUUGCUCAUUUUCCUUUGUGUGCUUGCCCCAAUCCUAAUUCAUGACUAAUUAGGGCUUGGAAGCAUCAAAUUUUGACCUGUAAGAGCUACUUUUACUAUAUCCCCACCUAUAUAUCAAAAAUAAGUAACUACCCUGAAUAACUGCAGUUAAAAUAGUCAUACAACAAAAAUUACAACUUUGAGAAAGUGAUAAAUUGAAAAAGAUGGCAUCUGUGUUGGCAUAAUCUUUCCAAUAAUCUGUCCACAAUAUGAAUGUUUAUCUCUGAUCUGACAGUAAUUAACCACUUCACAGCCGACUUGAAAGCAAACAUUGUUUAUCUUAAAAUCCAGGUCCAGCUUGUAAAACGAAAUGCCUAAUAUUUUAUUAUUCACAUACAGCUGUGAUGUAAUGUAGUCAUUUUGACCUGUUCCAGCCUGUGCCUUUUUUCUCAAUCAUUAGGGAAGCUAGGGUGGCAGUCAGCAGUGAGGGCAUUCGCCUCCCGGCAAUGUGUUACCCGGGUUCAGAUCCCAGUAUUGACACCAUAUGGGGGUUGAGUUUGUUGUUGGUUCUCCCCGUAAUACUCUGAGAGGUUUUUCUCCAGGCACUCCAGUUUAGUCCCCUCCUUAAACAUCAACAUUUCCAAAUUCCAAUUCGACUAGGAGCGGUAGACAAAGAACCACUACUCUUUGUUUCUUUAUAUUUUAUUAAUCAUUAAUGUUUAUAAGUAUGUGAUUGAAAAUGUUUUGACUUUAAUGUGUAGCCAAUGAGAGGUUUACAACUAAUUUAGAGUGAUAAUUUGUACAGUAUAUAUUAUAUUAUUAUAAUGUGCGUGAAAGUGCACUUAUCUCUCUUUGUUUUUCCAAGGUCUUCCAGAUUGCCACCCUCGCAUAGUAGUUAUAGGUGCAUUAGGACGCUGUGGUAAAGGAGCAUUGGAUAUGGCUUACAAAGUAGGAAUACCAAGGUAGACAGGAAUGUCUCCAGUAAUGAAUAGCCCACAUUCAGUAUAUUAAAAUUCUAACAUGACUCCGAGGCUCUCUGGUCAUUUUUCUACAUUUGGCUUGGUUUUCUUUGUGCUCAAGUCUCUUCUGGGAAUUGCAAGACAAUGGAGUCAUGAAAAAUUUGCAAUUUUAACCCUAAAGCCUCAUAUUCUUGUUAAGAUUUUAGUAUAUCGAACGUGGGCUAUUACAGUAUGGGUUCAGGGCAUUAAUUAGGCACUGGAGAUCGAAGAAUUCACCGUUUACUACACAUACUUCUCCAGCUAGUGUGUGAUAGCCCGUGACUAUUUUUUGUUCAGACAUGGUGCUUCUUUCACAAUAUCCUCCUGUAAGGUUACACCUUUCUCCUGCUACUAGCAUUCUUAAUGAAAACCCUGAUGGGUCUUAGUGGCAGAAACUGUUUUGCCCUCAUUAUUGAAAUAUUAUAUAUAAUUUUUGACAGCACGCACAUUGCAAAAUGGGACAUUAAUGAAACAAAAGCCGGGGGACCAUUUGAGGAAAUUGUACAGUAUGACAUUUUUGUCAACAACAUCAAGUUAACAAAGGUACAGUAAAAUUGAUCAAUUUAAAUUUAUACAAAAAGCUAUAUUUCUGAUUUUUGUGGGUAUUACAAUCAUAUUAAAUGAAUCUUUCACAUCCAGUUAUGCACCUUCCAGUACCCAUGAGCUGAAUGUUGUCACCCAAGUUAAGGAAAAGUUAAACUAAUAUUUGUCUUAACAAUAUAAUUAUUAUGUGGCUCAUGCUUGAUAAGAACUUAUGUUAGUCAGAUUUUGACGCAUACAUUAUAACAUUAAACUUUUCUUAAAUUUUAUUAAAUCCACUUUGUUCCGAUCUCCAGCCUUUAAGCUUUACACAGGUUCAAUAAUGUAGUUGGACCUGAGUCAGAGUAUCGCAUUUCCUUGAAUAAGUUCCCGCAGUUCCCAAAUAAGCCAACUCUUCUCCAGCUAAGCUAGCAAAUGGUACCCCCACCCCCACCCCCACCCUUGCCCCUAAUUUUCUUAAAAUGAGGUUACCGCAAGCGACACUUUUUCUUUAUCACUUUUCUAUUGUUAAGAGUCAAGAUGCUUUGCAAGCCUUUUUUUAGAAACUAUCAGACGCAUGGUGUAUGUGGCUAUUCUGUGGUGCAAUUUCUGUUUCAAAGCCUUGAAAUUGGUGAAAAAAAAUUAUACCCAUCUAUGAUAUGGUAUUGUCAUUAAUGGCAGGAAUUAAGGAAGGAAGGGCAGGGUAAGAGGGCUAGAACCCCUGGAUCUAAAAAAGGCAUAAUUAUUUAGAUUUAACUUCUAACUUUUUUUGAGUCAAAAGCGUGAGAUUUAAUUCCGUUGGUUCCAGGAUUUUUAUGGAGGACCUGAUCAUAUUCAAAGACUUGCAAAUAGAAGGCCUCUAAUCUCCUGGAGACCAUACAUGUAUACUAGAAAUUUUAAUCCCAGCUACAGUUAAUUUUAUGUAGGGUAUACGUUCAUGUGCUUGAUCAGAAAAUUGCUUUGCAGAAAAUUCCUCCAUUUCUCACAAGGAAGGUGCUGGACACUGAUCAGAGGUGAAUAACAGCACAGACAGCUUGUGCAAAAAAAAUAACCUCACUCACAGAAGUUUCUUAUCACAUUCACUCUCAAAAAUGAAAGAAUUAUGGUAAAAAAAGUGCUAGCAGUACUAGUCUUAUUUCUCCAUAGUCUGCUACACAGCCGUUUUUAGUUUCGUCAUGCAACACUCCUCCCCACUAACGGUUGCUGAAACCAAACUACAUUCCUUUCCCAUGAUUAGCCAAUUAUAAUUUAGCUCCCAUUUUCUGGAAGGUGUUCAUGCCACCUUUGCGGUACUGUGACUCCUCCAAUCACAGCUUUGCUUUUAUCGUUGCCCCAUGUGUGAAUGACAGAAUAAUCAAAAUCGUCGCGUGAAAACAAGCAAUUUACUACAGUGUUGUCGUAGUCAAGUCCUAUUCAAAAUUUAGGAGAUAAGCAGCAACAGCAAGCAAGUCGAGCAAAUUGCGAUUCACAACAUGGAUGUGCUCAUAAAGUUGCCAGGUAUAGUUUCGGGAAAUUGCUCAUCGAUAAUUUAUAAGAUUGCUUUUUGACUCAGUACCCUUGAGAGUUUAGUCUUCACAGGAACACAAUGAGCACAUCUGGUACAUUAAAUUCUUCAUUGCAUAUCAGUAUAUAUGCACGUUAAAUGAAGAACCAACCAAUCCUGGUAAAAGUCUUCUAGGCCUAUCAAACCUUUUUUUCACUUGGAACUUUGUUGACCGCUUAAAACAAACUUUUUUGCAAAUUAACCUUUUCGUUGCUUGAAAACACAGAGCCCGUCUAAAUUCAGCGAUAAUUGAUUGAUUUGUCGAAAACUGAGAAGCGUGCUUGCUUCCUAGCACCCUGCGGCUCACGUAUUGUCAAAUUUCUUGUACAUGAUUGGUUUGUUUGUUAGACCACAAACACAAAGGGAAAGGAAUGUAGUUCGGUUUUCAGCAGCCGUUAGUGGGGAGGAGUGUUGCGUGACGACACUAAAAGCGGCUGUGUAGCAGACUAAUUUCUCCACAAAGCUCAAGUAAAAUUGCAAUGGUUUUUACUGGGAUGUAUUCAUACUUUGCCUGUUCCUGUUACCAGUAAUUGUGAUCAUAAUAUUUCCAGCCUUUUAAUUUCACAUUAUAUUUUUCCAUUUUGUAUCGUUGACUGAUAUUUGUGUGUUCACUAUUUCUUGAUUUCUGCUCCACACCUUUUCAUCAACUAAUUUUUCCAAGUCAGUUCUUUUCAAAGAUGAACAAACUCACAGCUAACAAAAGUGUUAAUUUUGAGAACGGCCACGGAUGUUCAGUUACAUGUAAUUUUCCUCUUAUGGAAUAGUCUUAAAUCGACUCUUUCAUAGUUGCAUUUUAGUCUUACAUUGUGUAUGGCAAUCUGGAAUCUUUGCAAUUAAUUUCUUAUACUUUAUAUAAGUAAGUACUUCUGUUACAUGGAGAAAUAAGAAUAUAACAACAAACAAAAAAUAUUCUUUCAAAAUGUCCCUUUAAAACUGCACUAUUUCUCACUGCAGGAAUCUCUCUGUAGUGGUUGAUGUUAGUUGUGAUGUCAGCAACCCAAACAAUCCUCUGCCAUUCUUGGAUUCCAUUACCACGUUUCAAAAUCCCAGCAGGCGGCUACAACUCAGGUUGGCAUGCAACAGUUUGUCUUUUUUUUUGUAAAGAAUGUACAGUUGUAAAAGUAAAUGUAGCACAUUUGUUACACAAUUCUUCUUGGUGUUUCCAACCACCCUGGAAGAUGAUAGUUUUCUUUAAACUUUACUCUCAUUUCAUAAAGUCAUUCUAACAAUUUCCCGCAUAGCUUUGAAUUUCUUUUUCUAAUGUCUGAAACCACGCACCUUUGUGCUUAAUAUCUCAGGGGGUUGGGGGAGGGAGAAGCCACUCAAGGGAAGUUUGUGUAGAGGUGUCAGCCACCAAGGCCUUUGAAACCUAAUCCUGUUGAAGACAAAAAUUACUCAUUUUGCUACCCUGUUUAAGACGAAAGACUCUAUUUUAUGACCAUGACUCGUUUCGUUUUGCAUACAGAAUUAGGUAAUUUCAUGGAACUAAAUUUUUUGGGAAAAAGAAUUUUUUUAAUUUUUUAUUGUUGGUGCCACAAAUGUAGACCGCUCGUCUGCAGCCUUUUUAACACUCCUUUAAAGGCAUUGGGUUCAAAAACCCAUCCUAUUAAAGAUGCUGAAGAGUGAAAUUGUAUACCCUGUUUAAGAUUCAAGACCCUUAAAACCGUACUCAGUUCAACAGCACAUAUCCGUCUACGUCAAAUAACGGAGUGCCCCCUCCCCCCAGGGUCUUACCAAAGGUAUUACAGGGUUUUUUAAGUAACAAGUAGUUCUUAUUCUCGUCUCCAUUUUAAAUCACCAUGACACUAAGUUCUAUCUAUUAUUUCUUACAGCAAUUGUACCAAACCUUUGGACCUUGUGGCCAUUGAUAACUUACCCUCUCUGUUGCCAAGAGAAAGCACAGUUCUUUUUGCUGACAGCAUAACACCAUAUCUUUUAAAACUUCCUGAGGUAGUUAUCUAG